AUGGCGUCGAGUUUCGGCGCCCAGCGCAGCGAGAACGUCGACGCGCUGUUCUCGCGCCUCGUCGAGAAACUCGUAGGCGUCACGGAGGAUGACGAGAACCACGCGAUCGCGCACAACUACUGCAUGUACCACACGCAGUUCCACUCGUUCCCGGACACGGACCCGAACGCCGUGAACGCGUCCCUGGACGCGCUGCGCGAGCGAUUCGGGAUGCACGCGCAGCUGGAGAAGCAGCGCGCGCUGGACCUGCUCGUGGCGCGGUUCCGAUCGCGCGCGUGGGCGUCCGACGUCCCGGACGUGCACUCGCGCGUCCUCGCGCUGCUCUUGGGGCUCUCGCGAGACCCGCUGAAGUCGAAUUACACCGCCAUCGACGCCGCGAUCGCGCUCGGGGAGGACGACGACGCGGGGACGGGACGACGCGAGGGCGAGCGGAGCGUCCUAGAUUUCAAAUUCCAGCGCGACGACGACGACGACGACGACGACGACGACGACGAGGACGACGACGACGACGCGCGGUCCGCGUCCACGCUGAGCGAGUGGAGCGAAGACGAGCGCGACGGCAUCGAUGACGACGCGCGCGCGGCGGGCGACCUCGCGGACGGUCCGAGCGCGUCGCGCGCGGCGCGGGACGACGACGAAGACGGCCUCGGGUUCUCCUGGAGCGACGCCAAACCGGACUACGACGCGACGCGCGAAGACGAGAAAGAGGUGGAGUGGCGGUGGGACGACGGCGGACUCGCGCGUCGAGGCCACGGCGCGGGAGCGCGCGUCGUCCAGGCCGCGAGCAGGCUGCAGCCGGCGUUGAAGUUGAGCGGCGUCGUCGCCGGCGCGAGUCUCGCCGCCGCGACGACGGAGACCGCCGCGGUGGGCGCCGCGCUGCACGCGCUGCACGGGCUCGCGCCCGCGCGCGCAUGCGAGGACGCCGUCGUGCCGCACCUCUCGCGCGCGGCGCUGAUAGGCGGUCUGAAGCGGGCGACGGACGCCGCGGAGAUGCUCGACCGCGUGCUCGAGCGCGCGGACGCCGUCGCCGUCGCCGCGGCGCCGACGCCGACGAACGACGCGCGGGAAGGGUACGGGCCCACGAUUCGCGCGUUCGCCGCGGGAUUGACGCGCUGCGUGAGGGAACUGCGCGACGAGCUCGCGCCGUUGCUGCGUCGCGCCGCGGGCGUCGGCGAGGAGGGCGCGCCGACGCUUUUGGAGCUUCGGACGGCGGCGAAGGCGAUCGCGGCGCGCGCGCGCGUCCUCGACUCCCUCGCGACCGCGGCGCUCCCGCCUCCGGCGCGGUCGCGGCGCACCGCGCACGCGGCGGCCGCGUCCCGGUGCCUCACCGCGCUGUACCGCGCCGCGGCGUCGCACCAAGCGGAGGCGUCCACGGACGUGGGCGGCGACGGGUUCGCGACGUCUCUUCGGCUGUUCGCCGCGGCGGCGCAGCCGUAUCUUUCUUCGCUGUCGAAAUGGCUCGAGACCGGGGAGCUCUCGGACCCGUGCGGGGAGCUGUUCAUCGCGCCCGGGCCGGGGCUCGGCGCGGAGGUGGGCACGGAGGCGCACUGGAACGACGCGUACGUCGUGCGGAGGAAGGAGACCGCGAUGGGACUCACCGCGGAGGCGGAGGCGCCGGAGUUUUUACGCGGCGUCGCGGACGAGAUGCUGGACGCGGGGAAGUCCGUCGCGCUGCUCAGGCUGACGCACCGCUCGCGCGACGACGACGACGGCGACGACGACGGCGACGGCGACGACCCGUGGCGUCCGUCUCGGACGAGGGGAUCCGCCGCGCCGCCGCCGCCGGAGAUGGCGCGCGACUUGUGCGUCGCGUUUUGCGAGGAGAUCCGCGCCGCGGUCGAAGCCGGCGCGGGGGGCGGCGGCGCCACCCCGGAGGACGUCGACAUGCCCGACGCCGUCGCGGUGAAGGAUAUCGACGGCGGCGGCGGCGGCGGCGACGACGACGACGAGAGCGUCAGGAUGCUGAGCGGCGCGUCGUUGGCGCCGUGCCCGUCGCGACCGGAGCCGGUUCCGGAACCGGACGCGGCGGACGCAGCCCCGCCCCCGCCCCCGCCCGCGCGCGCCGCCUCGAACGGGCUCGUCCCGCAUCGAGGCCGGUCCUCCGCGGCAUCUGAGACCUCCGCGCUCGUCGCCGCCGGGCUCGCGGGGACGACGACGCGCGUGCGCGCGCACGCGGGCGACGUCCUGGAGUGGUCCGGCGCGCCGUUUGAGCCGUCGCGCGCGAUUCUCGCCGCGAGGGACCUCGACGCGUGGCUCGCGUCGUCCGCCGACGCGCGGUCGCCGGCGACGUGCCCGGUCGGCGCGCUGGUCGAGCGCGCGGUGAUCGCCCCCGCGCUCGCGCGCGCGGACGACGUCGCGCGCGCGCUCAUGACGCGCCUGCGAGGCGAGUGGGGGCUGGAGUCGUGCGCGAGGCGACUGCGCGCGGUGUUUCUCGGCGGCGCGGGGGAGGCGGCGUCGGUGUUCUCGCGCGCGGUGUUCGCGCGUCUGGACGCGCACGAGCAGCGACGAUCCGACCGGCGCGCGCGCGGCGAAGACGACGACGAAGACGAAGACGACGACGACGACGGCGGCGCGUGGGCGGACCCGAGCGAGCUGUCCGCCGCGCUCGCGGAGGCGAUCGCGUCGGACGAGUCUGGGGAUCUCCCGGCGGCGUCCGACGUCUUCGUGGACGUCGUCGACUCGACGACGUCGCUCACGCCGGGAACGCCGCGGAGGGCGUCUUCCAGAUCCAGAGGCGGCGGUGGCGACGCGUCGUCUCCCGGCGCGGCGCAGCUCGAGGCCCUCGCGAAGCUCAAGCUGCGCGUGAACAUCCCGUGGCCGCUGUCCAUAGUGCUCUCUCGAGAGUGCCAAGAAAAGUAUAACGCCGCGGGGGUGUUUUUGCUUCAGAUUCGACGCGCGCGCGCGUCGCUGGACGACGUCACGCGAAGCGGCUGGAGCCCCGCCGCACGUCGCGCCCUCGGCGGCGGCGGCGGCGGCGGCAAGCACGCGCGGCAGCUCACCGCGGAGCUCCGUCAUUUCGCGCACGCGUUGCACGAGCACGUCGCGUCGAGGGUGUUACACGCCGCGAGCCGCGAGCUGUCGUCCUCGAUCGCGAGCGCGCGGUCGCCCGCGGAGGCUCGAGCCGCGCACGACGCGUUCCUUGACGCGUGCGGCAGGCAGUGCCUGUCCUCCCCGGACCCGACGUGGACGCUGUUGUCCGGGCAAGUGAAAGCCGCGCUCGCCGUCGCGUGCGACCUCGCGUCGGCGCGACGCGAGGCGGCGCGCGCGGCGUCCGUCGCCGCCGCGGACCUCGACCCGGACCCGUCGCGGUCCGUCAUCGGGCGGCUCCCCGCGUUCGCGGACACGUCCGCGGCGACGAACGCGGCCGCGUUGGCGGGGUACGCGCCGGUUCCGGAGGCGGAGGCGGCGGCGCUGGCGAGCGCGUUUCGGCGGGCGCGGUCGUACGUGUUGCGAGUGGUCGAGAGUAAGCUUCGCAUCGGCGCGUUUCCGGAGCUCGCGGAGCUGCGGCUGCGGUUGGACUUCAACGGGUUCUACGGGACGGACGCGGACGCGACGCGGGGGGAGUAG